AUGAAUACAAUUAAAUUAAAUAGUGGUAGUUCUACUACUACAACAACAACUACUAUUCCAAAAUCUUCUUCUAUUCCAAGACAAUUUAUUGAUAGAAGUAGAACAGGGCCAUAUCCACCAAGACCACAUAUCCAAAGGAUUACAUUUAAUGAAACAUUUAGAGCAUUGUUUCCAGCCAUCUUGGCAGUAUUACUAUCAAUGAUAGUAUUGUCUGCAUUUAAUCAUGUAGAUCCACAAGUUUGGCAAUGGAUUCAAAAAGGUAACCACUAUAUACCACUAUUUCAAAAAUUAUCAAACAAUGUAGAUGAAAUUUCAACCCCCACCUAUACUUCACCAAGUGGAAAUAUUCAAUGGACCUCUGCUGAUAGGGCCAAAUAUGAAAAAUUGGGAGCAUUUACAAGUUCAAGUUAUUGGGAAUCAAUUGGUCGUCAAAAAGAACAACAAUUACGUCAACAGUUAACAGUCCCCAAACCAAUGUCUGCAAUGUCAAUAGAUCGUAUUCGUUAUUAUGAAAGUCUUGGUCCAUUUACUAGUUCUUGUUAUUGGGAAUCAAAAGGUAGAUUUAUUGAAAAUAGAUCAUUUUCUUUAAAAAAAUAA